CUUAGCAUGCGAGAGGUAGCGGGAUCGAUGCCCGCAUUCUCCAUUAACCCUUUUUUCCGGCUUUAAAUAGUUUAACGUUAUAUUCUUUCCACAAACAGUAGCAUUAAUAAUCAGGGAGAGUUUAUACGGUGCGGUUGGUGUGUAAAUUUUACUGAUAUAAGUUGCGUAGUAAAGUUAGCUUUAGCUAGCCGGCUGUCGAAGUGCAAGUAACAAUUAAGCUAGCAACCAAAAAAACUUGGUAACUACUAAUUUUAAAGACGUUAAAUUUAGUUUAAUACUAUGUAAAACUAUGUCCCCUUACUCUUACGGUUAAUGGAUGUUGUAAAAUACCUGUUAGGCAGUCAUGGUCAUCGACCCUUCAGUACGCGAAGUUGCUGCGUUGCAGUGCGAACUGAUGUCGCUUGUGGUGGCUCCCCGGGAUGGCGCUAGCUAGCCUCCUCUUCGGUUAUCUUAAGUUAGCUUAAUUAUAAGUUACGUCAUGCGAACUUAACUUAGUUUAUCUAAUAAAAUAAAAUUUAGUUUAUACUUUUUUUGUAAAUAUUGUCUAAAAAUAAGAUUUUGUUCAUCAUUAAAGUCAUCAAUCAUGUGCUCAUUAUACAUUUAAUUAGGUGCAUGUUUUAACUGAUAAUGUAUUUUAGUUUAACCCAAAUAUUUCUAUAAAUCUAGACAUGGGGGGGGGGAUAUGCAUUAACUGAUUUAUAGUUAUGAUGUAAAGUCUCCACCCUUUUUAAAAACACAUAUAUAUACACAGCACAGUCACCUCUGGUAGCAGUAAGGAGGAGGAUGUAGGGGCUAGUGGGCAGCUGUUCAAUACUGCCCUGCUCAGUUUCAAAUAUGGGCACGGUAACCUUUGACGUGACAGCAAUAGCUGCUAAAAACAGAACUGACAGCAGAGAGAUAGGAGCCCACACCCGCUAGGACGAGAGCAGCAGGCCUACUCUUCAGCCUGACUCGGGCCCACUGUAGAUUUGCUUUCAGAGACGGACUCCUAACUAACUUUACCAGCUUUUACUGGUCUCAAACAAUUGAGUUUUAAUAGUGUUUUAUGUCUUUUUAAUAGCUUUUGUCAACAAUGAAUAACAUGGACAACCUGGAGAAACAGCUGAUUUGCCCCAUAUGCCUGGAGAUGUUUACAAAGCCUGUGGUGAUUCUACCCUGCCAGCACAACCUCUGCAGAAAAUGUGCCAAUGAUAUUUUCACGGCCUCAAAUCCAUACCUUCCAACAAGAGGUGGCUCAUUGACGUCUGGUGGCCGCUUCCGAUGCCCGUCCUGUAGACAUGAGGUGGUCCUGGAUAGGCACGGUGUUUACGGGCUGCAGAGGAACCUGCUGGUUGAAAAUAUUAUUGACAUGUUCAAACAGGAGUCCAGCAGCAGCAAACCAGCGCCGGAGAGAAAGCAAGAGAUGCCCAUGUGUGAGGUUCACGAAGAAGAAAAGAUCAACAUAUACUGCGUCACCCAUGGCGUGCCCACAUGCUCCAUGUGUAAGGUGUUUGGAGCCCACAAAGACUGUGAGGUGGAACCCAUCACCAGCAUCUAUCAGACAAAGAAGACGGAGCUGAGCGACGGGAUUGCCAUGAUGGUUGGUAACAACGACAGGAUGCAAGGCAUCAUUAGUCAGCUCGAGGAAGCCUGUCGUGCCAUAGAGGAGAAUGGUCGGAGGCAGAAGACUCUUGUGUGCGAGAAGUUUGACCAGCUGUACUCCAUCCUGGAGGAGAAGAAGAGGGAGAUGAGUCAGAAGGUUACAGUCGAACAGGAAGAGAAGGUGAACUAUAUCCGGGACCUGACCAGGAAGUAUGGAGACCAUCUGGAGGAGAGCUGUAAGGUUGUAGAGAAGGGGAUCCAAACAAUGGAGGAGCCUGAAAUGGCUUUAUUUCUACAGAACACAAAGCCUCUCCUCAAAAAGAUUGCAGAAGCAUCCAGUACAGCACACUUGGACAAAGUUGAGCGUGGCUAUGAGAAUAUGGAUCAUUUCAACAUCGAGUUCAAGAGAGAGGGCAAGGCCCUGCGCAGCAUUGACUUCAGCCAAGAUGAUGAAGAUGAGGACGAAGAGGAUGAGGAUGGAGAAGCGGGCGCAGAGGAAGGAGAGGGGGCCCAGACUGUUUCAGGAAGUAGCGCUGUUACAGCCGCCCCCGUCCCACCUUCUGCCCCGCAGCAGGUGAACUCCUCCACAAGCGCAGCCAAGAGCGCUGCUUCGACCUAGCUGUCAGCCGCCGGCCCCCGACAGCACCCUAAACCCAGGAGCAGGAUAAGUUUUGCUCCUAGAUGUUGAUUUCAGGUCAGUUGUGAUACCUUUUCUCCCAGAUUGGGGAACAGCGAGACAGAUUUAGCUCUGCGCCCAAGGGAAAGUCUGAGUUGCUGAGGUAGAUCUAAAGGAAGAGACAGAAGUUUAAAUUAUAUUCUCUCUCUUUUAUUGUGAUUGUGUUAGCUUGCAUCACCGCAUACUGACUGGUACAUUUUUUGUCUGAUUAAAUACACAUUUUGGUUUCUCUUUUAUUUUUUUUUACGUGCUGAAUGACAGACAGGCUAUGAGUGUCUAUUGGUUGUUUCCAGAUUUCAGACGCGCUCAUACAUUUUUUAUGUAGCUGACCUUUUGCGAGUCACUGCUUAAACUACAUCAUUAGAGAGCAUGACAAGGGGGCCUCAGGUUUCCCUCCCUGUCGUAUACUUUUUUAUGGCUGAUAUAACUUUAUGAGUAGGGUAGCAGAGUAUAAAACUAUCGCUGUGACAUUUCAGUGUUUCAUACAUGCAACAGCCUGUAUUAUGUGUUGUGUUCUUUGUUGUGUAACACAGGUGUUUUUUUUUUUUUUCUAAUUAUGGACAAAACAUCACAUUUUGCCUAAUUAUGGUGUAUUAUAUCUUCUGUGUCAUUAAAACAGAAUUGUACAAACACCUAAAAUAUAGUAUUUCUCAAGUCUUGGUUGAUACCAGAUUAACAAAACAUAACGCACUACCACAUGUGUUGCUGUACUUGGUGUGGCGGUUUUUGGCCUGGACUGAAUUACCAAUGAAAUAGAUUUUGUGUAACACCCUACCAGUUUGUGUGUCUGUGUGUACACGUGUACAGGAAAAAUACAAUUUUUUCUCUUUUCUUUA